CAGGUAUGCUAUCUAUGCAUAACAUCAUCAUCGCCAGCUGUCGCCAACGCCGCGCAUCCCUAUAUCGCAGUCUUCGCUCGUGUAGCGACCGCACCGAAGCAGCAUGGCUUCCCUCGAGAUGGGGACCUUGCCGUCGCUGCGCAAACAGCAGCUACUCUCCGAGUUCGCCGGGCUGAAGCAGGCUUGCCCCGAGGGAAUGUUUGUUAGUUUGACCCCAGGAGACCCGACUAUGUGGUCUGGCGUCCUCUUUGUUCGAAAUGGCCCUUAUGCCCCUGCCGUCCUCCGAUUCCAGAUCUCCUUUCCCGACUCCUAUCCCCAGCUCCCGCCGCUCGUCACUUUCUCUUCCGACAUGUUCCAUCCUCUCAUAACGCCCUUGACGACCUACAUGUACACGACCGAUAUACAGGACAGCGGCACCGUGAGUGCAUCUGAUCAGGAACGGCUCCCCCCUGGCGGGUUCAGCCUGCGCCAUGGCUUCCCCGAUUGGUUCGGGCGAGGGAGGCGAAAUGCGAGGGAAGCCAAACAUGGCACCAGUCAGACAGGCGCAAGCCCGACACCUCCUCGAGGAACUGCUAGCAACCUGAGCACACCAGCAUCAACCGCUUCUCCGGGGGGGGACUCACCGCUCUAUAUGCAAACCAGCAAGAAGGGGACUUCUGCAUAUGAAAUAUUGCGAUACAUUCGGGGCGCCUUUGACGACGGAAAAGUUCUUGACUCGGUGCCGUUGGCCGCGGCGGGCAACCCAGGAGCAUGGCACGCUUGGCGAACUCAUCGCCGAGCAGCGGGGAAAUUGGCAGAAGAUUCCGCUCCGGUAGAGGAUUCUCAAGCCCACGAUGGGGAGGAUGUGCGGAGCGCCGACGGAUCCCCGGGCUCAACCAAGCCGGCGCACCCUGCUGGAGCCCCUCGACAACCCGGCGAGUGGAAUUGGGAUGGCGUCUGGGAAGACAGGGUCAAGAAGGGAAUCGCUGCCAGUCUGUCGGAGCCUGUUCUCUAUAGCGCGGCUACUACACCUGAUGAUUUGAUACGAUUUCUGGCGAUGGAGGACAAUGACGUAGAUUCAGUGAAGGAAAACCUCAGACGUACCCUUGGAAGCACCGCAUGAGCUCAAACUUGCUGGUACGUAUUCAAGUUUCUUGCUCUUUGAGGAUUGCCUUCCUUGAAUUUUUGUUUCGGUCCAAAAAGCAGCUGCUACCCUAGAGACGAACGCGGAGUUAUCUCGACGUCUCCUACCUACCUUGUCGAUUAUUCAAACCCCUUGCUUCUCGGUAAGAGCGUUACCGAUACCCUAUUAUAGUCUCACUUCGUCGUAGUCAGAACCCAACCUUGCUUCUUCGUUUCUUCAACUCCAUAAAUCUUCAUCGUCUGUUCCCAAGUAUAUGGAUAGCAAGACAUUUUCGCAGUGCGACAACCA